AUGGCUAGUCCUGGCGCGAAGGCGUCGUGGCUCUCGCAGCCGAUGGUGAAGAGCGUGCGGGUGUAUCGCAACGGGGACCCUUUCUUCCCGGGGCACCGUAUUGUCAUCAAUGAGAAGAAAGUGUCCAACUUCGAGGUGUUCCUGAAAGAGGUGACAGGCAGGGUGAAGGCACCCUUUGGAGCUGUCCGUAACAUCUAUACCCCCCGGGGUGGGCAUCGUGUCCGGCAGCUGGAGGAGCUUCAGAGUGGAGAGCAGUAUGUGGCUGGUGGCAGGGAAGCCUUCAAGAAACUCAACUAUUUGGAUAUUGGAGAAACAAAGAAAAAACCUGCUGAAGUCAAUAAUGAGGUCAAGCCGGUUACUCACAGUAGAAUCACUGUGUCAGCACGGUUCCGAAAACCACUCCAGGAGCCCUACACUAUUUUCCUGAUUGCUAACGGAGACCUUAUUAGCCCUGUAGUGCGCCUCCUCAUUCCCAGGAAAACCCUGAAUCACUGGGAUCAUAUUCUCGAAAUGGUUACAGGAAAAGUUACUCUCAGAAGUGGAGCUGUUCACAGACUUUACACUUUAGAUGGAAAACUUGUUCAGAAUGGGUCAGACUUGGAGAACGGGCAAAUUUAUGUUGCAGUGGGUAGAGAAAAGUUUAAGAAGUUGCCGUAUGGUGACCUGCUGUUUAGCAAAUCUACAAUAAGAAGGCCACAGGGUUCCAAAACCUCUGUGCUACCUCCGAUUGUGGGAUCUCGAAAGUCUAAAGGCAGUGGAAAUGAUCGGCAAUCUAAAUCUACUGUUGGAUCCAGUGACCCGGGAGAAAACAGUUCCUCACCUCAGCCUCCCAAAGGAAAGGACAAAAAAAGCCAGAAUCCAGAGGAUUCUGUGUCCAGACGACACUUUUCUAACAACUCUACAAAAGUAAAACAGACAGUAGGAGUAACAGCUUCCACAGGAGUCUUUCAAGAUAAUGGUGAAGGUAUUUACAAAGCCAGAGAAGAGCAGUCUGAAAUGUGGGGGGCAGCUGAAGUGCAGGAAGAUGAAGAUACUCGUGUGGAAGUUCCACUGGACCAGAGGCCAGCAGAAACUGUAGAUGAAGAAGAAAAUGCAGAAGAGGAAAAUGACAGGGGAGAGGAGGCAUAUAAAGGAGAGGAAGAAUAUCCAGCACUGAAUGGAGAGGAAAGUGGGGAAACUGUUAAAGAAAGGAGUGAAGUGGAAGAAAACAAGAAGAAAUUAAAUGAGAAUUAUGAAGAUGAAGCAGAAGAAACAGAGAAUGUUGACCAAGCAGAGGAAGAGAAACUUAUGCAUUUAAAUGGCAAGAAAAAUGAAGAAAAUGGUGAGGGAAUAGAGCACUUGAACUACCAAGGUGAACUUCAGCCUGAAGAAGAAAUAAAAGAAAAGAAAUCUGACAGUCAGAACCAGGUUGAUUCCCAUCUUGAAAAAACAUCCACAAAUCCAAGGGUGACAAUCACCAGCCCACAGGAAAGUGAAAAAAAUGACCAGAGCAAUGACUAUGCUGCAGUUGCAUAG